GACGGACGCCCUCGCUCGUCUUUGCUUCGUGUCUAGCGGCUUUUUUUCCAAAUGGCAACGACGGCGGACGCCCAGCGCGAGCCGGCGGACGUCGCUGCGGUGUCGGCGCACCACGGCUGCCACCGCCACAACAACAACAGCAACAACAACAACAACAAUAACAACAACAACAACAAAGACAGCGAGGCGGGAGAGAGCGCGACCCCCGCCACCGCCGGCGAGACUGAACCCGGCGGGACGGCGUCGCAGAGCAUCGUUAACGGUUCAGUCAUCCACCCCAGCGGAGGGAAUAAUGGGAAGUGGGUCCGGCUGAACGUCGGCGGCACGGUGUUCCUCACGACGCGGCAGACACUCCUCAAAGAACAAACUUCGUUCCUGUACCGGCUGUGCCAGCAGCAGGACCUGCACUCAGACACGGAUGAGACGGGGGCCUACGUGAUUGACAGAGACCCCACCUACUUCGGUCCCAUCCUCAACUACUUGCGGCACGGCAAACUUGUCUACAACAAGGAGCUGGCUGAAGAAGGUGUCCUGGAGGAGGCUGAGUUUUACAACAUUACGCCACUGAUCAAACUGAUCAAGGAGAGGAUCGUGGAGAGGGACUCCAAAGCCACACAGCAGGUGCCCCCCAAGCACGUCUACCGGGUGUUGCAGUGUCAGGAGGAGGAACUGACCCAGAUGGUCUCCACGAUGUCGGACGGCUGGAAGUUUGAGCAGGUCAGCGUGCGCGCCUGCAGAAAGCCCCGCACUGGACUGCUCUGGACUAUGGUGAACAUCGGCUCAUCGUACAGCUACGGAACAGAAGACCAGGCUGAGUUUCUGUGUGUCGUAUCCAAGGAGCUCCACACACCCGGAUCUGGACUAGGCACAGAGCAGAGCCACAAAACUAAGCCGGCGGAGAUGCAGGCGGAGGAAGCAGCGAAGGAUGAUGAGGAGGAGGAGGAGGAGGGAGGGAGAGAUACCACACCAAAUGAGUGGCUUAGAGAAUGAGGGAGUCAUGUGUCUUUGUUCCAAAAAGAGGUGGGAAUGGCUUUUCCAGAUCCAUGGGUCCCGGAUGUAAGAAAACGCAAGAAUUUAAAUUAUUUUUUUCUAGGCUUAUUACGGCAUUCUGUACAUGGUCUGUUUGUGUGUUGUGUCAAUGGACAGUCAUCAAAACAAAUUUGUAGCAUUGUUAACAGUUCAUUGACAAAAUGCCAGUUAGAAAGAUUAACAAAUGACCAAAAAGGAAAAAAAACAACAACUUUAAACUCACAGUCAGUUUCAGCAGAAUCAUCAGUAAUAUUUUUCAGUGAAACUGAUUUUAUUAGUAGAAAUAAUCAUGUGUUGGUGUGUGCAAAUGUUAUAUUCCAUGGGCGGUAGUGGAGUUUAGUAAAUUACAACCAAAGAUCCAGAUUAAAGCUGGCUGAACCAAGGUGCUUAAUCACAAUAUGACAAGAAUAUCAAAUUUGAGGUAAACUGACAUUGUCUUUGUUACGUAGUGAGGAGCUGUUACUGCGUCACUAUGGUCUAAAACAUAGCAGAUGGUGCAGAAGAAGAUUAGACUGCAUCUGUGUUGUGCCGUUUUGGAUUAUUAUAUUUCCUAAUGUUAACACAGCUGGCAUGGAGGCAUUCAUCAGUUAAUCAAAAUUAAAUCAAUAUUCCAGAGCCUACUUUCCACCCAAUGAUAUAUGCAGUUGUUCCCCAAACUUUAUACUCAAGACUAUUAUUCCUGUAGUCUUCUCAUUUGUUUUCCCCGAGGCGGAAGUUUGCUCAUGAAAAAAGAAAACACCUCUUGGCUCAGAUACAGACAAACACAGUGAUCCCUCCAGCCGUCGACUGCAAAUAUUUUAGCCAAGACCAACUUUACUUUGUCGUUAAGCUUGUAGGAAAUAAUGUUGGUAAUUUAGUUAUUUGUUGCUCUCAGAGUGAACCUGGGUUAACGCUGGUUUUAUCUCGUUGUACACAGGCUCCAAAGCUCGUGUAAGCCUGGAGCAGAUCCUGGCAGUGAGCACUGCAUAUAAAAGCUUGUUAAACCACCUGUUCUAGCCUUACUGAGAGGUGGCCUCGUGCAAGUCAGCCCUCCUUCAGUUCUGAGGUGUGUUGGCCCUGGUAUACCUGCUUGCAGAUCUAGUUAUGUGCUCUCAGUGUGAACAUGGGUUAACACUGGCUUGACCUCGCUGUGUUCGAUGCUAGCCAUUUAUUGGUUUGAUUGGCUUUAAAUUGACAGAUGGAAAUAGUGGAGCUGGUAGAAAAACAUGGGAAUUUGUUGGUAUGGGAUAUGUAUGAGCAGCCAGCACUCACAUACUGCGACGACAAAAACACACACUUCUCCACAUUUCACCCUGCACCAGCACCCUGAUACACACCCGGUGCAUUCUCAGCAGCAGCAGCAGCAGCAGCAGCGUCCUCUCAGUCUGUCGCCCUCACCCGGGUCCAGAGCCAGCUUUGGCCUUAGCUGACAGAGAGCUGUUGGCAUGAGUAUGGAAAGGCUUGAACUGAGAGACACGGAGAAGGGUAGAGGGAGGGAAGGAGGUAGAUCAAGCUGAGGAGGAGAGGGUGAGACAGGAAGAUGAGGUGAAUCACUGUUUUGUAAUUAGUGAUGGUAACCGUUAACUCUGUCUGUCUUUGUUAAGAUAAGGAACAGCGCUUAACUCGUACUAUCAACUCAUAGUGGACAGAUCUGCCGCAGUGCAGGUGUAUGAUUGAAAAGGAUUUUAAGAAGCCUUUGGUUAGAUAACACAUGACUUUUAAUGACCUCUGCUGGCAGAUUGUGGGAACUGCACUGCAGAUCGAGUCCCCUGCACACAGGUCUGUGGCCUGACAGUAGUUUCUAAUGAUGUGUAACAAAAUGAACUAUAUGAAUGAAGUGUAAUUGAAUUUAUUUCUAGUUGUCAUUCAGCAAAGACACCUCCCAUGGGGCUUUACAGCAAUCUGGAGGUGUAGUUGUUGAAUGCUAGAAAAUAAAGGGUUACACAUUCCUUAAAAAUAACAGGGUGUCCAGUUUUUAUCAGCAGGUAAUAAAAUGAAUAAAUUCGCAUCUAGCCUAUAAUAUUCCUACAAUAGUCCAAUAUCAUUUCGUAGCUUAUCAGAGACCAUGUAACCAAAAUAAAAUACGGAAAAUACAUGUCAGAAGAACAGAUGCUAACAUGGAAACGGGGCAGCACUCCGGCUCUCUUCCGGAGCAUUUCUUGGAGGCAUAAAUAACUACAAAAACUGAGUUAAUGCAGAGCGGUAGGGUCCAAACAACCAAAAACAUUACAACAAAAAAUGGAAUAGAAGAAAGGGCAACCAUACAAAGUUAGCUAGAAAGUCCAGUUGACUUUCCAAAUUCAAGUUAGCCACACUAGCCAGAUGAGAUAUACUAGCCAACAGCUGUCUAGAUAAGAUGUUAAACAGCUUUCAAACAUCCUGUAAUGCGUGAUAAUGAAUGACUGAAAUCAGAAAGCAGUGCCAUCUUUAUUUCUUUUCACAGAAAUCCAGUUUUUUUUUUAAAAAGCUUAAUUGAAGGUUAAACAGCUUGGCACAUUUAGUUUUUAGUUAAUGUUACUCAAACAUGGAUAGAUGUUGCAGUUCUUUGGCUCCGCUCACUGAGAUUUACCACCACCAGGGAGAUUAUUUCUGCCUCUGAGACCUCUGCAGCCGCUUUGGGCGUUGGCUGUCAGCAGCUUACGUCUGACCCCCUUACUACUUAGCUCCUGUGUAACACCGACUGACCAUCAACAUACAGGAAACACACACACACACACACACACACACACACACACACACACACACUCGAGCUGUUUUAUGCAGGCAAUAAGAGUCUCUCAGUGUGAGACUAUAGAGAAUUAAGUUCAUGGUUGGAAACUUUCUUUAGCAUUUGGAACAUUUUGAUAAUUAAAUCUGAAAAAAUAGACUGCAAAUACAUUAUUGUGUGUCUGUGUGUGUGUGCGCAUAAGAUAGUGUCUCAUCCAUUUGUAGUGUUAAAUAAAAACAGACCUUUAGGAUCCUUCCAAUACCGUAUUAGCUGGAUUAGGAGAAUACAAUAAAUGUUAGAAUAGUGAAGAUACAGUUAGUCAUCAUGCGUAGGAUAAUCAUGACAGUGAUAUUAGCAGGAGGGAGAAGACUGAAAGAGACACAGGUAUGUUUAUUGUUUUGUUACUUCAGAUUUUUGUGACUCUUUAAACUUGGAUCAUUCGGUGCCUUGAGUUCAAGCAGCAAAACUGGCGUGUCUGAAGACCGACAUGUCACAAUGAUCAUACGUGUUAUUACAUGCAUUUUUUUUAAAAUAGCUGUUUAAAUAUUUUAGUCAAAAAAUGGGUAGUUCACAGCCUCACUUAGAGUCCAGUCCAGGUUAAAUUUCUUCCAGUACAUAAUUGUUCUGAGAAUUUUGUUUUUCAGAAGGUGUUCCAGUAGAGAUAAAGAACGUACACACACUGAACAUGCAGCUGCAUGUUUGAGGUAAUGCUGUUUAAGCCAGCUCUUGGAGAAGGUUUUAGCCGUUUUGUAUAAAAUGUCAUGCCUUUUUUUU